AUGGACGGUGUGAAGGAAGCGGAAGUGAGAAAGGAGUAUGAGAACGUGCAAAAGGAUCGCAUUGAAGACAUUCCGAAUGUCAUCUCACCGCUUUCGAAAGAAACGCAAGACAAAAUGAAAGAAGUCUUUUCACGAGAAAAGAAGACGAUGGGGAUGAGGCAGAUGAUGUCAUCUAAGACGGAUCUGACAGACUUGAAGAAUAAGUUGUAUCAAUGCUUCAUGAUGUCGACGUCUAAGGACAGACCGAGACAAGAAUAUCAAUAUCGCGAAGGUGGGUACAUCAUCAUGCCUUCUGUUUCUGCGCCUGUGGUACUCGACAAUGUCUACAAACUGUUGAACGAUGCUGAGUAUAUUCCACAAGAAGACGCUCGAAGGAUUAAAGACUCUCAUGUUGACAUCGUCCACCGCGAUACCGUCUAUCACUUUGUUGAAAAGCUUCCCAAAAAUGUCGGUGAUAAUGAGCUGAUAGCUGUUUUUGUCAUUGGACAGUCGUGGCAGUUCAGAGAGUUUCCUAUCAAAGACCCAUACAAAUUCUUAGAGAGGUAUCUUGGGUUCUAUGUCAGACUUGAUUCAAAAGAAUGGCCUCGAGAUCCAUGGCUGAAGGAUUGCACUAUAGUUAACACUGACGAAACAGCUCGACUCGAACGACCAAAGGAAUUGGAAAGACUGCAAAGACAUGUUUUGGCGAACACUGGAUGA